ACGUCCAGCCGUCACUUUCACGCCCUCAUUGCGUAGUAUUUCUGCGACGGGCCUGGCCUAUACGUCAGCAACGCGCGGCCCGUUCCUCCUUUCUCUCGUCCUGAAGAUGGCGGCAGGGACUCUCUACACAUACCCGGAGAACUGGAGGGCCUUCAAGGCUCAGAUCGCUGCCCAGUACAGUGGGGCUCGUCUGAAGGUUUCGAGCACCCCCCCUGCCUUCAGCUUUGGGCAGACGAACCGAUCCCCUGCUUUCCUCAGCAACUUUCCCUUGGGCAAGGUUCCCGCUUACCAGGGUGAUGAUGGCUUCUGUCUGUUUGAGAGCAAUGCCAUUGCUCACUUCUUGAGCAAUGAUGCCCUCCGUGGCAGCACUCCCCAGGCCAGCGCCCAGGUGCUGCAGUGGGUCAGUUUCGCUGACUCUGAGAUCAUCCCUCCAGCUAGCGCCUGGGUCUUCCCCACCUUGGGUAUCAUGCAGUUCAACAAACAGGCCACAGAACAGGCUAAGGAAGAGGUCAAGCGCGUCCUCGCCGUUCUCAAUCAGCACUUAAACACUCGCACUUUCCUGGUUGGGGAGAGAGUCAGUCUGGCUGACGUCACUGUUGUCUGCUCCCUGCUCUGGCUCUACAAACAGGUUCUUGAGCCUGCUUUCCGUCAGCCCUACCCCAACGUCACUCGCUGGUUUUUGACGUGUGUCAACCAACCUCAGUUUAAGACUGUUUUGGGCGAGGUCAAGCUCUGUGAGAAAAUGGCUCAGUUUGAUGCUAAGAAGUUUGCAGAGAUGCAGCCGAAGAAGGAGGCUCCUGCCAAGAAAGAGAAGAGUGGCAAGGAAGGAGGCAAGCAGCAGCAACAGCAGCAGGAGAAAAAAGAGAAGAAAAAGGAGGAAAAGAAAGCCGCCCCUGCUGAGGAGGAGAUGGAUGAAUGCGAGGCUGCCUUGGCUUCUGAGCCAAAAACCAAGGACCCAUUUGCUCUCCUUCCAAAAAGUUCUUUUGUCAUGGAUGAGUUCAAGAGAAAAUACUCCAAUGAGGACACCCUGACAGUGGCGUUGCCUUACUUCUGGGAUCACUUUGAUCGUGAGGGCUUCUCAAUCUGGUAUGCUGAGUACCGCUUCCCUGAAGAGCUGACCAUGUCCUUCAUGAGCUGUAAUCUUAUCACCGGAAUGUUUCAGCGACUCGACAAACUGCGUAAAAAUGCCUUUGCCAGUGUCAUCCUUUUUGGCGCAAACAAUGACAGCUGCAUCUCUGGUGUCUGGGUCUUCAGAGGCCAGGAUCUUGCAUUUCCUCUGAGUGACGAUUGGCAGAUCGACUACGAGUCAUACACUUGGCGCAAGCUGGAUGUGGACAGUGAGGAGUGCAAGACCAUGGUGAAGGAGUACUUUGCAUGGGAGGGUGAAUUCAAACAUGUAGGCAAACCUUUCAACCAGGGCAAGAUUUUCAAAUGAGAAUAUCUUGCAACUAGUAUUUAUCAUCAGAAUCAAUGGACAUAAAUUGUUUGCGAUUCCCCUGUAAAGGCUUUGAGCUGUGGUUGAACGGAAGACUUCAGUUGAGAAAAAAAUAAAACUUUUUUUUUUUUUUUUUUUU